AUGUGUCCCUGAACCCCAAUGUCUCUCAAAGGAAUUAUGGGACCACCACCUGCAACCCACCCUGUUCCAGCGCAUUUGCAUUUACCAGGUACGUGGUAAAUGCUGGGAAGUGUCUGUGGAAGAAGUUACACUCCAGCAGAAGUUCAUUCAGCUACAGGAGGACAGGCUAAAGGUGUUUCACCAACCCCUGAGCUCAGUGGCUGGCAGUUGGCAAACCCUUCUCUGCCUCCUGAGUUGAAAAAGCCCAGUGGCAUCAUGGAGCCUGAACAGUUCAACAGGCAUUUGCUGUUACGAAGGAAGAGAUCCAUUUUGUUUCCCAGUGGAGUUAAGAUCUGCCCUGAUGAAUCUGUUGAACAGGCUAUUGCCAACCACCUGAAAUAUUUCAGGCUCAGAGUGUGUCAGGAAACAGUCUGGGAGGUCUUCAAAACAUUCUGGGACAGGCUGCCAGAGCGUGAAGAAUAUAAUGCCUGGAUGAGCCUGUGUGAGGAAGGAAUGAUGAGUAUCUUUGAAAUGGGCACAAACUUCAGUCAGUCUGAGGAGCACCGGAGUCUGAUUGAGAAGAAACUGUCCUAUAUAAAGGAGGCAAUGGGCAGCUCCUGCACUGAUUGGGCAUGUGGUGGGACUCCAACUCCAGCCUCGGAUGCUGAUGUUACCACACUGAGAGAUGCCGCUGCCAAUGUUCCUCCCCCUGAUGAGAUCUCCAUUGAGAGUCCUCCAGGUGCUACCAUCGAGGAGGUAGACAGUAUAGACACCACAAUCAAUAAUGAGAUAAAGACGCAGGAUGAGAAGCUAGUGAGACCUGUAAGUGAGCAGAUGAUCGAGUUCAGCAUUUUGAUUACUGGUGAAAAGUACUGCGAGGAGCUGAAGGACCCAACUACUGCAGAGCAUCAGCUGCUGUCUGAACGAUUCAUUUCUCAGAUUAAAAGUGUAUUUGAAGGACUACCUGGAUACAGAAACAUCCAAGUCCUGGAUUACAGCCCUUCCAAGGAAGACAGUGGGGUGGAAGUUCACUAUGCUGUUACAUUUGAUGGAAAAGCCAUCAGCAAUGCCACCUGGGACCUGAUUAACCUUCAGUCCAACAAGGUGGAGGACAACUCCUUUAUGGGCAUAGAGGAUAAUCCAACAGUUGUAUACACCAUCAGUGAUUUCCAGGAUUAUAUUGCUGAAAUCCUCCAGAAAAACGCUUUGCUUGAAAACACUUCCUUGUCUUUAGACCCUAACUCUCUCCAGCUCACUAAUGUGAAAGAAAUACUACACCCCACAUCAGAAUACCCACCCUGGAUUACUGAGCAUCCAGUUGUGCUGGAGCGCCCGGAGUUUGAUGAUGGCACCUUUGUAGCUGAACGUCCCUCAGCAGAUGAAUCAACAGUCAGCAAUGCUGUGCCCUUUGAUUACACCAAACCAGACUCUGCUUCAGAGAGUGAAAUCCAGCCAAGACCAGGAACCCUGGACUUGGAGGCUGGUUUGGCACCUGAAGCUCCACUCUCCUCAGAGGCUGACGACACUUCUUUGUCUGAUGGGCUGAAUUUAGAGGAUGGGAGUCAGACUCCUCAUUUGGUCCCUGCACCAGAGUUAGAGCAUGAUUCUGAGGACUCUCUGGAAUGGUUUUCACCCCCCAGUUCUUUAGAUGUUGAAGAUACUGGACCAUCUGAAGAUAUUUUGCCUUCAAGUCCCUCUCACCUUGUGCCUGAAGAAUUUCCAUCUACAGAUGAUUAUGCAGUUCCUCUGCUUCCUGCACCAACAGUGGCCUCUUCAUCAGUCAUGGAGACUGAUAUUAAAGAAAUAGUAUCUGCUGAGAAGGAAGAAGAAACUCAAGGUAGUCCUGAGGGCAGUGACAGUGCAGACUCUGUGGAAGAAAUUCCUUUUCCCUUAGAAGUGCCCCCUAUGGAAGAUGAAACUGAUAUGUUUCUUGGAGAUAGAGUUAUAUAUGAUGAUGGGUCUGGUUCAGCUUUUGAUGGUUCAGGAAAAGAAAUGGAAUCAAGUAUCUGGCCUUGGGAAGAAGCAACACUGGAACCAGUUUUCUACCCUGGUCCUGAUAGCUGGCUUGAAGAUGACAAUGAGUCUUUGUUAACCAAAACUGAGGAUAUCCCUGAAGGCAUGAUCUUAGACUAUAUUCUUAACUCUGACAAUAAAUUAGAUUAUGAUCCUUCCAAAGAUGAGAAUGAACGUAUAGUCAAUAUAAAAGAUUUCCUUGAUGAGUCUGAAAUAUUUGUCUUUCCAGAGACUACAACUCCGCCAGUACCUCUGUUACAGACAGAAGAGCCAUCAUCUGUGGAACCAUCUACACAGGCAGAAACACCCAGCAUGUAUGAUUCCUCUUUUGUUAAACCAUCCUUGGUUUUGGAGCCUUCAGUGGAUCAUUCCACUGUAGACAUGCCGACCGGAGAGGUGCCUGUCUCACCACAGUACACAGAUCUGUCUGUGGAAGAUCACCUACUUACAUCUACAGGGACUGUCAGUAUGGAGCAACCUGAAGAGUCAAGCGUAGAUCAGAACAUAAUUUCUGAAGAAACUGAACAGCAAAAGGAAGACAGGACAAUGGUAGAAGAACUAUACACAGUGAAGCAGCUAGAUGUAAUGGAAGCUGCUACAAUAGGGGACACAAGCUCUUCAGGAACCAUUCUGACUGCAGGUCCUUCCAUGGUGGAGCCUGAUGCUUCCACAGAAGAGCAGCAAGCCCUAGAUUCAUCAUUGACAGGCCAAGACACUACUGGAUCAACAGUGAAGAGACCAGGUGAUGUUUGGCCUACUGACAGAACACUAGAAACCUCCUUAGAUCAGGCAGUGCAAUUAGCAACGCCAGCUGCCCCUCAAGUUUCAACUGCAGUUCCUUCUGUAAUAGAUCAGACCACUGUUCUGGAGGACUUCGCUGGGCAGGGUGGUACAGACCACGUUUCCAUGAGCUUCAGCACUGCUAAGAAGUAUGAAACAGUGAGAGUAACAACAAGCCCUGCUGAGCUUCCAUCCCAUCUCCCUCCUGUGGGAUCCACAACAUCGUUUUCUGUGGCUGCCUCAACAAAGCUGGGGGAUGAAACGACAAGAGCCCUGGAUGUUUCAGUAGACCUGGAUCGUGUGAGCACUGUCCACUUUUUUCCUGAGCAGACUGAGGAGGGAAGAAGAAUGACUGAAAGUCACAUGGAGCUGACAACUCGCAUCCAGUCCACGGAGAUGGCCAGUGUGGCUUGGGCCACACAUGAGACUCACUACAGCAGUACUGUCCCGUCCCGAGCUCUAGUUGUGUUUUUCAGUCUUCGGGUUACCAACAUGAUGUUUUCAGAGGACCUCUUUAAUAAAAACUCCCCUGAAUACAAAGCGUUGGAACAGCGAUUCUUGGAACUGCUGGUGCCCUACCUUCAGUCAAAUCUGACAGGUUUCCAGAAUCUGGAAAUCCUGAACUUCAGAAACGGCAGCAUUGUGGUGAACAGCCGAAUGAAAUUUGCCAAACCUGUGCCUCGGAAUGUCACCAAUGCUGUGUACUUGAUCCUGGAAGACUUCUGCAACACUGCAUAUCACACCAUGAACCUGGCCAUUGAUAAAUACUCCCUGGAUGUGGAAUCGGGUGAGCAGGCAGAUCCCUGCAAGUUCCAGGCCUGCAAUGAAUUCUCUGAGUGUUUAGUAAAUCGCUGGAGUGGAGAAGCUGAGUGUGUCUGCAAUCCUGGCUACCUGAGCAUUGACGGGCUGCCGUGCAACAGCAUUUGUGAUCUGCAACCAAACUUCUGCCUGAAUGAUGGGAAGUGUGACAUAAGCCCUGGGCAGGGGGCCAUCUGUAGGUGUCGUGUGGGAGAGAACUGGUGGUACAGGGGGGAGCACUGUGAAGAAUAUGUGUCUGAGCCACUGGUUGUGGGGAUUGCAAUUGCUUCUGUGGCAGGAUUUCUUCUUGUGGCAUCUGCUGUCAUCUUCUUCCUGGCCAGGACCCUUCGAGACCAGUAUACAAAGAGUGACAGCGGUGACUCACAGGGGCAGGGUGACAGCCUCUCGUCCAUUGAGAAUGCAGUUAAAUACAACCCCAUGUAUGAAAGUGAUACGACUGGCUACAGCCAUUAUUACCGGAGAUAUCCUCAGCUAACGUCCUACAGUUCUACCAGUGCAGAGACAUCCACAGACUACAGCAGUGAAGAGAUCAGGCACAUUUAUGAAAACAGUGAGCUUACUAAGGAGGAGAUUCAGGACAGAAUUCGAAUUAUAGAGCUCUACGCUAAGGACCGUCAGUUUGCAGAGUUUGUUAGGCAGCAUCAAAUGAAGCUGCUUUAAGAAAAAAAGAAAUUGAUAGAAUACAUGUGGGAGAUAAAGACUACCUUGUUGCCACAGCAAUGUGCUCAGAUGUAACUGCAAAGUUACUUAUAGUCUUAACAUUGCAUGGAUGGAUACAGAUGUUUUCUAAAUGAAUGACUAAAAUGUACAGAUGUCUGUUUAUCUCAAUUACUUCUGGCUUUUCCGUGUAAAGUGACAUUUUUGAGAGGUGAUCAGAAGUGGCAGAGGUUACAAAAGUUCGUUUUUCUUUAACUCCAAAAUGGACAGUGAAAGUUUUGUACACAAAGGCAAAGAGAAGAUACGUGCACAACCAAAAUAAAAUGCUCAUUGAAAACCCCUGUCUGGCAUUUAUCCCCUCACUGGAGGCUCCAGUAGUGAUUUCACGGGUAUAAAACACUAGCGGAAAGAAACAUUUGAUUUGCGAGGGAAGGAGUUGUAGGGGAGACCUGUUGUGCUAGAAUUAUGUCAGCAUUAUUGUAAAGCAUUCCCGUUAGCAACACAAACAUAACCUCGCUGGAAAAGUUUUCCUUCUGUACAGAUGCCUGAUGUAUGUUUUGCCACCUGGCAUUAGCAAAGCAGAUGACAGCACUGAGCCUGCAGUCCUCCUGAGGGCUCUCCCCAGCCAUCAGCAUUCCCAUUGCCUGGGAC